UCCCUAAUUAUGCUUGUGUACUGAUUUCGCUACUGUUUCCUAUCAUUUGCUUACUGAAAUGUGUCAUUUCUGAAUUAAAAACUUCUGUUUACUUCCCUCUUCCUAUUAGUGUUUUGCCCUGUAGUGUUGCAGUUUUUUCUGAUAUUGCUUCCAAAAAUGCCAUUAUCUGAAAUUUCUUUUCUUCUAUGUAUAUGACGAGUCAAAGAUCUGCUUAUAGAGUUUUACAUGGUUUAUUGAUUUAACGGAGUGCAGAAGCCACCACUCUUGCUGUGUGGUUUAGCAUAACAUCUUAUAGGCUUAGGUGAUAUUCUUAAUAAGGAUAAUAAAGGAUGAGUACAUCAUUUUGCUAGGAGCCCAAGUAUCUCUAUUUCCGCAUCAAACAUAAAUUUGUCAGAUGUAUUAAUCUGAGGGACAAUACAUUCUAAUUCUUGUGUUUCCAUCACUUAAAUUGCUCCGCUUGUUAAGAGUAGAACGUUUCUCCUUUUUUGCAGUUCUAUUGUUUGACUACUUCAGGCAAAUGGAAAUGACUAGUGAUGUCAAAAGUUCUGGUGAGGAAUUAGUUGGUUCCAGGGUAAAGGUCUGGUGGCCCAAGGACAAUAAAUUCUGUGAUGGGGUUGCUGCAUCCUAUGGUCUUUCAGGAAAGAAAAACUUGGAUCCCCGAAUUGGCUACAGAUGUCAAAGAUCAUGGCGAGGAAUUGAUUGGCUGCAAAGUUAAGGUUUGGUGGCCUAAAGACAAAAGGUGUCGUGAGGGGGUUGUUGCUUCCUAUGACCAUUCAGGAAAGAAGCACUUGGUGGUUUAUACUAAUGGCGUCGGAGAAAUGUUGGACCUAAGAAAGGAGCAUAGGGGAACGGUUAACCAAAAAACAGGCACUCCAGCUCAUGCUUCAGCUUAUGUGACGGGUGAUGAUGACAUGGAAUCUCAUUGGCAUGUGAGGAAGAAGCUCAAGGGACAACCAUUGGAACUUGUAGUGCCAUCUACGAGGUCAGAAGAUGAGAAAGAGAAGAAACUGGAGAAUAAUAUGCAAGGUGAUAAUGAGCUGGUUAAUUUCAAAGGCUACAAAGUGAAGGCCAAUAAUAUAUCCGUACUUGAGGCCGUAUUUUCAAAAUACGGUGAUAUUGCAGCUAAUUGUUUGUACAAGUCGACAACCGUAAGAGCUUCUUUACUUGAUAUCGUAUCUGAUGUUGUUAAACGACUUCAAUAUUAUGAUGUUGAAGACAUUUUAACUGAACUUAAAGUAUUGGAUGACGAAGUCUCGGAUUUAGAGGCUACCAAGAUAGAUGUAGCAUGGCUGCAUCAGCAUUUAGCAAAGGUCCAUGAGUUUGCAGCGUGUUAUGAUAAGACGCUGUUGCUCAAGGAGGCGAAAGCGAACAGCAGACUUGUCCUUGGUGCAUCGAAAAAGGAGAUGUUAAAAAGGCGCGCUGAGCUUGUUGCUGCACAAGAGCGCUUUAAAGACGCCGAGAAACGGGUGAAUGCCAUGAAACUCGUUGGCGAAAGAAUCGAGGACGACGUCCAAAAGGCCACGGCUAAAGAGGACUUUUCGAGAAAGCAGUUAGAAGGGCUUCUUUAGACUGCCUUGUUCUCUGUUGCACUGUGAGAUGAUGUAUGAAAUGGUUUGUAAUAAAUUGAAUUGUAUUACGAAACUUUAUAGUCUUAUUUUGUGUAAAAUUGGGGAAAGCUAUCUCAAUAAAUGAAGUUUUAUUUUCAA